AUGGCGUUCGUCAGAUUUGUCGCGGUGUUAUCGGUGCUUUUUUGGUCACUGUACUUUCGAUCUGGCUCUAAAUGCACGGAAAAUCAAGCUCAGGCUAAGUCAAACUCUUUUAGAAGCGACAAAAUAGAUGCCUACAAUAACAAGUUUCCUCAGUAUUCGAGGAUAUGCCUCGACGACGUCUCGGGCGCGUACGAGUGGCAAUGGCGGUCACUACAAUUGCUUGGCAUUGUAACGGGAAUUACGAUUUCGGACGUGCACUUGGUUAAGUCAUUGCGAUACGUCACGAAGCUUCGUGAGAAGAUCCUAUCUAAAUGGCAAGUUUGGCAACCCGAGGUUAUUAAAAUCCCCAUUUAUUGGCAAAGGAUUACAACACACGGUUAUGUUUAUAAGCGAAAAUGGCUAAAUAAUCGCGUGUCCUACUAUUCAAAUUCGUCUGCCACAUUUAACACUGCUGUAAUGUCCAUCGAUCGCAGUGGGGACGUUCAUCCACAUCCUGGGCCAAUUGCAAGAACAAAUAUCGACAACGAUCAUGGUGAAUCCAACGGCAGAAUUCCA